AUGAAGGUAGGCUCUCGCGAACACAAGUCCGCCAGCAGUGUCUACCACCUGCAAUCACACGGACACGGGCUCUCCAGCAGUGUCUACUACCUGCAAUCACACAGACACAGGUCCAGCAGCAGUGCCUACCACCUGCAAGCACACAGACACAGGUCCACCAGCACUGGCUACCACCUACAAUCACACGGACACAGGUCCACCAGCACUGGCUACCACCUACAAUCACACGGAUACAGGUCCACCAGCACUGUCUACCACCUGCAAGCACACGGACACAGGUCCACCAGCACUGUUACCACCUACAAUCACACGGAUACAGGUCCACCAGCAGUGUCUACCACCUGCAAUCACACGGACACAGGUCCGCCAGCAGUGUCUACCACCUGCAAUCACACAGACACAGGUCCACCAGGAGUGUCUAUCACCUGCAAUCACACGGACACAGGUCCACCAACAGUGUCUACCACCUGCAAUCACACAUACACAGGUCCACCAACAAUGUCUACCACCUGCAAUCACACGGACACGGGUCCACCAGCAGUGUCUAUCACCUGCAACCACACGGACACGAGUCCACCAGCAGUGUCUACUACCUGCAAUCACACCGAUACAAGUCCACCAGCAAUGCCUACCACCUGCAAUCACACAUACACAGGUCCACCAACAGUGUCUACCACUUGCAAUCACACGGACACGGGUCCACCAGCAGUGUCUACUACCUGCAAUCACACGGAUACAAGUCCACCAACAGUGUCUACUACCUGCAAUCACACGGAAAGAGGUCCACCAGCAGUGCCUACCACCUGCAAUCACACAGACACAGGUCCACCAGCACUGUCUACCACCUACAAACACACGGACACAUGUCAGCCAGCAAUGUCUACCAUCUGCAAUCACACAUACACAGGUCCACCAACAGUGUCUACCACCUGCAAUCACACGGACACGGGUCCAUCAGCAGUGUCUACUACCUGCAAUCAUACGGAUACAAGUCCACCAGCAGUGUCUACCACCUGCAGUCACACGGACACAGGUCCGCCAGGAGUGUCUACCACGUGCAAUCACAAAUAUUGUAUAAAAAAUACACAAGUGAACAGCAACAUUCAGUACAAAGAGGUAUGA